UGGGAGCAGACAGUUCAAGAAGGCGUCGAGUGUGGAAAAAUGCAAAAUAGGUAGAAAAAUGGUUGACAAUUUACGGGUUUUUCGUUUUAACGGUUGACGAUUUGUUAUGACUGGUUAUGUUGAGUAAAAUUUCGAAGGCCGAGCGCUGCCCGUCAUGUCUGGAACGCCCAAACAUGACAGACAAGUAUCAGAGUCAGACGUCAGCCCCGGGAGCGGGGGCCCCGCUGGGCCGGGCGCACCGGGACCGGGUGGCGGCUCGGGCCUCGGGCGGCACGGCGGCUCGUUCCACGGCAAGCCGCGGGGAAGUCGCCUGGCGCGUCGCGCGCGCUCCUUCAAGGACGACUUUCUGGAGAUCCUCUCCCAGAUGCGGUCGCCGGGCGGCGGCCCUGGAGGCGGGGGCGGGUCGAGCGGCGGCUCGGGGGGCAGCGGGUCGGCCGCGUCGCGGUCCCCGCAGUCGCCCAAGGCGCGCACCCCCGUCAAGGCCACCAAGAGCGACGCGGGUGAUGGCGGCGCCUCGCGGAACCCCCUGCAGGACCUCGACGCCCACGUCAGACAGGUCCAGUUCGCACUCAAGCACUUCCGGGACGUGGUGAGCAACAACAAGCUGGAGGUGCUGCCGGGCAAUGGCACCGUGGUGCUGGAGACGGUCGCCACGAUCCACAGCGCGCUCAAGACGUGCCUCCUCAACGAGCAGGGCGCGCAGAGCUCCAUCCUCGUGUCGGCCACCAACCAGGUCUACCAGAGCAUGGCGCAGCUGAUCAAGCUCUGCGACGACGUUCUGCUCAACGGCGGCAAGUCUCUCAACACGGAGAACGUGGCACAGGUGAUCCAGUUGGUGGAGGAGGCCGUGCUGAACUUGGUGACGCUGGCGCGCGAGAAGCUUGCCAGCAGACACAGCUCCGGGUCGGUCGGGUCUUCGGGAUCGGCGGGGUCCUCCAGUAGCGGCCCCCUCAAGUCUGCGCCGCCCGUGCCGCAGGCGAUGGACCGCAAGUCGAGCUACUCCAUGGCGGGGCUCGAGCUGCCCCAGCGGAGCUCCCUGCCGGACAUCCCGCUCACGCCGCGCGAGAGACAAAUCCUGGAACAGACGUCGCAGUCCGUGAUAGAGCGCCACCACCACCACCACGCCAACCGCAAUAACCAUCACCAUCACCACCACUCGCAGAGCUCCGACUCGGUGUUGCUGGACACCGUGGACGGAGCUGACGUGCCGCCCCCCAAGCCGCCCUUGCCCGCGGGCCGGCCCUGGUGUCUGUCCGAGAGCUCGUCGCCCUCGCCGUGUGGGGAGCCGCCCCCGCUGCCCCCCAAGCGCCGCCCCCGCCAGUCGGACGGGCUGGGACCUCCACCCCACGCGAGCGGGCUGGGUCCCCUGGUCGGUCUGGAGGGACUCAGCCUGCGCAGCAAGUCGCCCGAGGACACGUCCUCACUGCUGAGCGCAUCCGCGGGGAGCCUUGACUCUGUCCUCAACCACUCCCGCGAUGAAGAGGAGGAGCUGCGCGCUCUCAUGGAGCCCGAGGCGGAGCACGAUACUGACCGGGCGGACAGCCACAGCGACUCCCUCACUCUCGCGCCCGGGCCCAGCCCAGGGCCCAGUCCGGGGCGGAGCAGCCGCAGCAGCCGCAGCCCUUGCACCUCGUCGGGCGGCCACGGCCAUGGUCCGGGGGGCACAGGGCCAUCGCCCUGGCUCAACAGGCUGGCUCCAGGCACGCCGAAGGGAGCCGUCAACGGGGGUGGGGACGCCUCGCCGUCGUCUUCACCAUCGCCUUGCUGCUGUUGGGAGGGCGCCGGUCCCGAGCCCCCUGACCACGUCCACGUCCAUGGUCCUGGUCAAACACAAUCCCAGCACAUGUCAGCGUCGUUGGCCGAGUCUGGCUUCGCAUCUAUGCACUCCAUCCGUUACGCAUCGACCUCCUCGCAGCAUAGGUCAUCACAGCAAAGUUCAGUGUCCAUCACAAGUCAGGCUGUAAUGUCGCAAUCUCAGCGGACAGUCUCAGUGUCUUCAUCCUCUUCUUCCUCCACAACUCGGCUGGGCUUUACUCCAUUAGAAGAAGAUGCUCUGUUAGGAAUUAGUGCUGUGGAUGACGGAGUUUUUGAAAGGAUAUCUCCUGCUAGCAAUGGGAGUUCACCACCCGCUCUACCUCAGAAAAACCGUUUCCGCCAAGGCCCUAAGCGCGAGCGCCUUCCAUCUCAGUAUGACAACGUACCUGGCAAUGACACAACUGACUCACCUUGUUUAGAAGUUGCUCUUCCUUCUUCAUCACCACAGUCUAUGAACUGCUCCCUUCAUGCAACUCAAAUCACAUCAACAGUUAUGCAGUCUCAAUCGCAUUCUGCACUUCAAGUAUCCUCCACAUCUCCAUCAAAUUUAAUGCUACCUGCUCACAAAUCUGCUAUGGCUCUUAGUGGGCCAAGUCCUGAGACAGGAAAACCUCCGCCUCUACCUCUUAAGAAGAAGCAUAUGUUCCAAUCAGUGGCUUACUCGGUCAUGGCCUAUAUGGAAAUGUUUGGAAACUGUUCCCACACAAACAACAAUGACUUUCUCAGACAUUCCAUGCAUACAUACAAUGUCCUUCAAACUGAAUGGCAGCAACGAGAUAAUUUUACUGCAGUGCAGUCUAGAUCAUUUUACUAUCAAAAAGAGAGCCUUAAUAGUUCUCCUAGUGCAACUGAUGUUGUACAGUCCAUCCCACCAGCACUGCCACCAAAACGUAGCCGUACUUCCAGUGUACGAUCAGUCAGUAGUCCACCGCCAUCUUCACCUGUUUCAAAUACUUCAGCAAACCCUCCUGCGUUGAAAGAGGAAAAGAAGAAAGUCAUACCACCAAGACUAGAUUUAUCUCCUAAACCACCUUUGCCACCAGCUUCUGUAUCAGUUUCCCUUUCCAUUAAUUCCCCUCCUGCCAUUGAGCAGGUGACAAAUCAAACACAACUUAAUGAGGGAAGUGGUAAAGGACCAGCAGGGUCUUCAGAAGAAACAGGAAACCCUUUAGAAGAACUAGAUGUCACGAGGCAUUUGGUUGUGAAAAAAUCAGAUGAAGAUGGGCCAGAUAUUCGUGGAGGACAUGAAGAUGGUCUAGUUGUUCAUGCAACAAAGGCAAAUAAAAAUGAAGAAAAUGAAACAGACUUUUUAUACCAAGAGGCUUUUCUCACUACAUAUAGAACGUUUCUAUCUCCUCUUGAGGUAAUACAGAAGCUCUGUUUUCGUCAUCAACGAUUUCAUUGCUCUGCAGAAGUGGCAAAGCAGAGAGCAGCAAAAGAAUCAUUUUCUCUAUUGGUCCGAGUAGUUAGUGAUCUAACUAUUUCAGAUUUGGAUGACACAGUUUUGCAAACAUUGAUGAAUUUCACAUACCAGCUUUUAUCAAGUGGUGACCUCACCAUGGCCAAAGCUCUUCGUGUGAAGAUUUUAGAAAAGCACAGUGCCAAAAUGCUGUGUAAUACAACUAACACCCUUUUGCCCUCACAAAAUGUUUACACUCGCUAUCGACAAGCCUCUCUACUUGACUUUAAGUCUGAACAAAUAGCAGAGCAAAUGACUCUCCUAGAUGCACAACUUUUCAUGAAGAUUGAAAUACCAGAAGUUCUUAUAUGGGCUCAGGAGCAGAAUGAAGAAAGAAGUCCAAACCUGACCCGUUUCACUGAACAUUUUAACAAAAUGUCCUAUUGGGCCAGAUCACGGAUCUUAGAACAGGCAGAGGCAAAGGACAGGGAGCGUUAUGUUGUUAAAUUCAUAAAAAUCAUGAAACAUCUUAGAAAAAUGAACAACUUUAACUCGUAUUUGGCUCUUCUUUCUGCAUUGGAUUCAGCUCCUAUAAGAAGACUUGAGUGGCAAAAGCAUAUUACAGAGGGGCUGAAAGAGUAUUGUGCUUUGAUUGAUAGCUCAUCUAGUUUUCGUGCUUACAGACAGGCUUUGGCUGACACAAAUCCUCCUUGUAUACCAUACAUCGGGCUGGUUCUUCAAGACCUGACAUUUGUACAUAUAGGGAACAGUGAUUUACUUGCUGAUGGGACCAUCAACUUCUCUAAGCGAUGGCAGCAGUUCAAUAUUGUAGAAAAUAUGAAGCGAUUUAAAAAAGGAACUUACUCAUUUAAAAAGCAAGAGAGAAUCAUAGCUUUCUUUAGUAAUUUUGAUGAAUUUCUAUCUGAAGAAGCUAUGUGGCAAAUAUCAGAGUCAAUCAAGCCUAGAGGAGGAAGGAAAACAAAUACCACAUCAUAAGUGUGGUCUGAUGAAAACUUUUAGUGUGAUGUCUUCUGUUAAAAUGUAAAGCAUUUCCUUGUUCUAUUUACUGGUAGUAAACGUUCCUUAGAUAGCGUAAUUUUUAUUGUUGUUACUUUAUGCUAGUGGUAGCUUAAGGCAGACUGUGGCAUGUAAUUCUUCUUUAAACCUGGUGCAUAAUGGAAUUGAUGUACAUCAGUACUUAAAAUGAAUGUUACUAAGCUCAUUUCUACUACAAAUGGCUGUGUUUUAUGCUUAUCUUAAGAUUUUGUUUCCUUAUGAUGCUGUCAAAAGUCUUCUUAUUAAGUAUCUUAAGACCAUUCUCUAAGGCCUACAUUUCUUUCUAGAAAGAUAAGAACAUUAGACAAAGAUGAUGUGUCAAAUAUGAAUGUUUAAUCCCUUUUUAUAGUUCUAGCUACAUUUUCCAGAACAUAAAUGCAUAGUGCAAAAUUGUAGAGUCAUGCUUAUCUUUACAUGCUACUUACUUUUAAAAAGUUUCAGAGUUUGUAUAGAAUUGCCACAUUUUCAAACUGUUUGCUGUUGCCGAAUCAGUCAGUAUUUGGAAUUGUUUGUCAUUUGCUCUUUGAUGUUCAUCUACUGCAUUGACAAAAUUGACAAAGUAGUCUUAACUUUUAAGUUUCAGUGGAUCUAGAGGACUAUUUUAUACACGUAUGUUUAAGUUGACCAUAUAAGAUUCUCUCAGAUCAUGCAUUUGCCCCAUUGUCUCCCUUUCAAUAAGUAAUACUUUGAGGUAGUAAUUUCUUGAAAAAGGAAUUCCGUCAUGAAGAAACAGAAUUCAACAGUACAUAAUUUUCUUAUGUAACUUUAUGGACAAAAAUGGUCUUUAUUUCUUCGGGACCACCAUGUGUCAAAGACCUUAAAAGUUUUCAUAGAAGCAUGAGGACGAUAUUCACACUAAGUCAUUCUGAAUGAAGUAAUUAUUAGCGAAGAUUUGUCUUCCACAAUAAGAAAAGCUGCAUCAACUAUGGGACAACAUGAAUUGUUAUACUUUAACUAUGAUGCAAUUUUGUUUCAAAUUUUCUUUCUCCUAAAACGUCUUGAUAUACAGUGUACUAUAUUAACCUUUUCUCCUGUGUAUGUUUUGUUGUGUGGAGAUUUCACAAGCAAAUAACAUUUUUAAAGUAGGUAUCUAUAGGAUGAAGUGGUGUAAAAAUAAAAAAGGAGGAAAUCUGAUAUUUCUGAAUAAGAUGUUUUGGUUGGAGAGGUAACUUGGUGUAAGAUUUAAUCCACUUCAGGCCUCGAUUAUUUCUGUUUUCUUGGGAAAGUGCAGCAUAUCAAAGAUUAAAGAAAAUUUAUGAGAGGUACGUAUCUAGAUAGUUUUAGCAAAUAACUGCACAUGGCUAAGUGAAUGUGUAGUGGUGUGUUCAACCUAAGCGUUUUCCUUUGGUCACUACUGGGAGAAAUUUUUAUUUUGAGACUAUCCUUUACCUAAUUAGUAAGUAAUGUUACGUAAUAUUUAAAUUGCGUUUUCCUUUUUUUAGUUGUAUCAAUUACAAUGAGUGGAAGGGGAAGUGUUCAAUAACCAACAAAUGCAGCACAUGUGUAACUACUAAGGCUUCAUGUAUAUAAUAUAGUUGUAGUGUUCAGUUUAGAAUCAAGGCCUAAUGAUGAAAUGUUACCCUUGCCUUUUGUACAUAAGAGUUUUUAUUUAUUUUUGAUGGGUGCAUGUGUUCAUGUUCAGAAUUCUUUGUCUUUUUCUCUGUGACAUGAAAUCCUAAAAGCAAUAAUCCUCUUUCACGUCUUCUUUUGAUUUCAAAAUUGGAAAACACAAAUCAUUAAUCAAUAAUUCUAUUUUUUAGGUGUCUGGAAACAGAAUUAUGUAUGUCUAUAUGAUGCUUUUUAUCAUUAAAACAUAGGCUGCAGAGUGUUAACACUCAUCUAAAUCUAAUUUAUGUCCAAUUUUCUGUUGCACAAUUGCUUGUUACUUGGUGAUGAAUAUCUAAGACAAAUCUAGUUUCCAGUAACCAGAGUUCUUUUUAAAGCAGUGUGUCCCCUUAAAAUUUAAUUCAAAACUGUGGACCAGUUAUACUGACGUUUGUCAAAGGAGUUAAUGCGUCAAAUGAAUCGUAAUGGUGCUGAAAUCUCUAUCAUUGUUGCAAAUUCCCUCAGACUGCAAUAAUUUCCUUAAAUCAACAGUAGGGAACUUUGGAUAAUAAUGAGUUUUUUGAAGAUUUGCUUAAUUAUUUUUUACUAUGGUGUAUCUUUCUUGAAUACGUUGUAAGAUUUAACCCUUUUUCGGUUCAUGUAAUGCAUAUCAGAAGAAAGGAGCAGAUAUUUCUUCUUUGAUUGAUGUUGCCCCUCUGUGGUGACAAUACUUGUCAAAAAGCAAUGACUAUUUUUACAUAGAAAACUACAGUAAAGCCUUUUACCAAGAGCAUAGUCUCAAACUGACCUACUUUGGCACCCAUUUACUCGUGAAGUGGGUGUUGUCUAUCUAAUUGUGUAAUCCCAAAUUUUAUCUGUGAGCUAGUUUGUUUCAUGACUUUGGUCAUUUUACCUUCCCCAUGAAUAAUUAAUUUAAUGGCACACAGCUCUUGCAUUUAUUUGCACUGUGACCCCUUGUCUUUCUGUUUGGGUGUAAAUGGCAUACAUAAUGAAUGACUGUUGUUCAUAUCACAAGUAUAGUUGUAUUGUUGUGACUAAGCAAAGGGGAAAAAUGAGGACGAUUUUAGCAAAUUUUAAGUGAAGAAACAACAUGUGUUUUAUUUUCUUUGUAUGUUUAGAAGUCAAAAUGUGAGAAAAUCAAAUGGUUCUAAUGAUUUUUGCUUUUAUGGAUAAACUACUGUAUGAAAAUUGUACCUCUCUUGAAGAUAAACUAUGUAACAUUAACUGUGAAUAUCCAAUGAGAAGGAUUUGUUUUGCAGAGAGCAAUAGCAGUUCUAUUAUGUAUUUAUAGUGAUUUUUAAAAAUUUGCUUACUUAUUAACUUUCUUACGUCUGUAUUUUAGUGAAUUAUUUGUGUGUCUGGAGUAGUCAUAUAUCUGUCUGUGAUCUUUUCAUAGAAUGGCUUUCAAGCCGAUUUCAGAGCUGAAGUUUUAGUGAACUGUCUUGCUUGUUUACUCAUACUAGUAAUUUUGUUUGCUCCUAAAAUUUGUAUCUUCAAUGUCCCUUAUUUAAUAUCUAUUGUCAGUAUUUUAUGAAUUGAUAUUUAGGUAGCUUUAGUGGUGUGUAGAGUCUGGAAUCAAUGCUGAUUUCAUCCCCUUGUGGCCCCCUGCCUGUAGUUUAAGGGAAUGGUGAUAUUUUUCUGUGAAGCUCUCCCUUUGCCUGCCAAAGUCUACCCCCCCCCCCCGCCCCCUAUUCUUUUGUUUUGCCCUCCCUCCCGUCCCGGCUGGUCUCUGAACGAACAACAUGUGAAAGCCGCUUGUAUUUAUGAUUCUUGGCAAUGAUUUUUUUUUCCCAUUGUUCAGUCAUAAACUUUAAUAUGCUUCUUGCAAGUAAGGAAAGUGGAGGUGAGGCACAUAAAUGGCUGGUAGGGGUAUUGUAUUAGGUAAGUGCCUGGAAAGACUGAGGUCUACUGAGCUUUAAUUGAACUAGAGACUAAAGUGGAUUUGAAGUGCAGCAAGAUCAGACUUUUGUAUGAUGUAAGAUGGAUCUUUCAUUUUAAGUCUAAUUGCUUUUCUCUCAAUGAGAAUGUUGAUGUACGUGUGUGUGCGCUCUUUACACAUUCAGUUCUUUAGAACCUGUUUUCUUUUGUAGGCUGUUAGUUACUUAAUUCAACAUUUGUGAUUUAUGAAAUUCAUUUUUAGUAGUGUAUCUUUCAUCAAAUAAGAAAUUUGCCAAUGGAAAUUACAGAUAUGUUGGAUCUCAAUCCAAGAAGUUAUUUAUGGGAUUUUAAACUGUGAUCUAUUGUAAUGUCACAAAAUUACUUAUAAUUAUGCCCUUCUUCAUGACUGUUUAAAGUAAUUAGUGUGCACAAUUUAACCGAGGCUCUUCUUCUGACUUCUUGUCAAGAAUAUCAAACUUUUAGUGUUUGGUGUGCUUUGUUGUAAUUGUCAAUACUCGGAAACUGAGAUUGACAAAAGCUUAAACACCAAACAAAAAACUUAAACACCAAAUGUACCUUUAAACUUAGUUGAACCCUAAGCUUAUGUUUGCUGCAUCAACUAUUUUUCUAUACUGUCUUUUUUGGCUUUUUAGAUUGUUAGUUGCCAUUGAAAUUAGAGAAUUUGAUGUCAUGUCUGCACGUGGUAAUUAUUCUACAUAUUUGUCUUCUACUAGCAAUAUUAAAUUAUGCUAUAUCUUGUAAAUAUGACACCCUUUAUAGUUGUGUCAUGUUAAUACUGUGUGACACUUUGAUGAUUCUAUUAUAGAUUGUUAAGAUUUUUCUGCUUAUGGUAUUUACACGAUCAGUUAGUCUGCUGCUGCCUGCCUGUCAUAUUGUAUGUCAAAUUAUAUUUGUAUGCUUAGUUUUGAUGUCAAUUUAGUGAUAAACAUAGAAAUGUUAUAAGACUUACAAUUACUUUGAGCUAAAAGAAGCCUCGAUACUUACAUAGAGCACAAGAUGUGUGUAGUACAUAUGUCAAUCAGUGCAACAUGUGAUUUUGUGUUCGUGUAUUUAAGUAUGUGGAUUAAAACAAUGGCUUGUUGAUGCUUAUUUCAAGAAGCGAACGUGCACUUCCUACUAGUCAGUAUUCCACACAUCACAUGUAUUGUCUGAUCUGUGAUUUUUGUGUUCAGUAUUUAGUCACUGUCACAAUGUGCAACGAUUUGUAACCAGCUUUAGUUGUCUAUGGACCAAACAGCACAACAGCAUCAGGUUUAGUGUAUUACAAUCUUUUUGUUUGUUUUUAGAUAGCUUAUGAUGCUGCUUCCUUUUUUCCUCAAAAUUUUGGCUGUUAUCUCAUACUUAGUCUGGUAUAGAAUAAUUUUGAAAUUGAUACCGUAAUAAUAUUAUGUAGGCUGAUUUCAGAUAAGAGACACUUCUUUUACAUCAAUCUUUGUUGAUGCACUUUGCAGAUUCUAAAUUAAUUAAGUAGGAUCUUAGGGCCUCUUGCUGUUUUUUUCCCUCAUUGAAUUCUAAUUUAUGCUAGUAAAUGGCCAGUGUGAGUUUUGAUGAUGGGGGGCUAGUCUACAUAUCCUGUUUGAUUGAUUUUUGGUUUACAUUUGUUGUUUUUCACCGAUGCAUUGGUUGUUGGGUCUCGGUUAAUAACUCUGCAGAAUUCUUGAAAAAUAGGUUGGUCCUAUACAAGUACCUUGGUAAUCAUAUGUAAAUGAUUUCUGUUUUUGAUCUUUAUGUUGUUUUUCUUGGACACCCCAUUAUUUUUUGUUACUUCUAAAUUGUGGUGCUCUUCCAUUUAAGUUGUGCUUUAGGUUGGUUGUAUUUUGCGUGCAAGGAGACAGCCACCUUGAAUACAAGAAUACACCACCUUACUAUUGUUUACUUAAACAUCCUUUAAGGUAUUUAUUUUGUUAUAUUUUUAUAAAAUUGAAACCCAUUUUGUUGUAUUUUGUUAGUUUAUUUCAGCCCAUGGUGUAGUGUAAUGAGACUCUUGUGCUGUAAAUAUUUGUCCUGGUUUAAGGAAACUUAACAAGACAAGUGUGACAAAGUGUGAAAAAUAAAUACAUUGCUAAUAACAGUGUAGACCACA